AUGAGCCCUCCUCUCCGCCGAGAAGGUACAAUUGUAGCGUCUGCUCAACGUCCUUCCGCCGCCGUGAGCACUUUGAGCGUCAUCUCAGAAGCCAUUCUAAAAGCAGGGAUUUCAGAUGUGACAUUUGUGACAAACAGUUUGCGCGAAGGGAUACAUUGCAACGCCACUCAACAAUUCAUGGGCAAGUACCUAACAAAGUGCAAAGAACGCUCCCGAGGGCACCCCGUGCCUGUCUUAACUGUGUCAAAUCAAAACAGCGUUGUUCUGGAUCCCAUCCAUGUGAUCGCUUUUACCAAGGGCUCCAAGGAAGGGGCACCACAAGAACAGAACGUCUUGCCGGAUGCCACCGAACGAAGGACGAGUAAUCAAUUAAAUCAGACCUCAAGACUCAUUUAUCCCUCUGAGUCAUCCCUUGCAUGCGGGUUAUCACCGAUCAGCACAGUCCACUCGGACUCUAGGGGUUCAGACAGUAUCGAUUAUGCCGGCGGGCCAUGUGCGGAUAUUCCUUUCCCAAGCCAGGCUCGACAAAUCUCGCAAUACGCCGAAGCCACUUCACUCUUCGAACCGUUCAUUCUUUGGCCUCUGGAUGAUGCGUAUGAGCAUUCUCAUAUGGCUUCACUUGACCCCCCAAGUCUUCCGACGCCAUUCGGUAUGGCUGGGACUGCGAAUCAACCACUAAGUAUGCCGCUUGGAGUAGAUACUCCUGUAGAGCCUUCGAAUUUUCAUCAAGAGCGUUCAGGACAUACCGAGGCGGCUCCGAGGCCCUUCAGUGGCCAGUCAGACCACUAUCUGUCAGAUAACGCCCUCACCGAGGAAGACCGCGAUAUUCUGAUAUCUGAGGAUUACGGACAUGUUCCCAAGCCCUCUACCUCAACAUAUGAAAUAAUCUGUGCUCAAUAUGCGGAACUGUACUUCGAACAUUUUCACCAAGGAUUCCCUUUUCUUCACCAAAGUACCUUCGAGGCUCGAAGCUCAUCGUGGCUUCUAUAUAUCGCCGUCGCCGCCGUGGGAAGCCAGUAUUCACGACUUUCAAGUCGGAAUAGAAUAUUCUCUGAUCUGAUUAAAGCCCUUCGAAUGGCUUUGCUUCGAAAGGCAACACUGCUCUUCAAUUUUGCUCUUCUUUUCAGUGGAACACGCGAGAGUUUGAUGCAUUUGCAAUACCAACGAAACGUGCUGAUCACGAUGUGUCGCCCCCUCCUCAUUUCCGGUGUCCUCUUCGCGAAGAGCGGCGCGUUAUCGAAUACAACUGUGCCGACCGAAGACUGGACUCGAUGGAUCGUAAUUGAGUCUUGGAAGAGACUAGUUUACUUCACAUGGUUGAACGAGUGCUUUCAAUUAGUCUUCUUCGACCUGCCUACUCUCAUUACGAUUGACGACAUGCAUCUGAGCAUGCCCUGUAAUGAUGAACUGUGGCAGUCCGCAAGCUUCCAUGACUGGGAGAAGGCUAAAGGCCUACAGAGAGACCCAGCGGAAUGUCUUAGUGUUCCUUCUUUGCUCAAGAUGAAUGCCAUUAACCUAGAGCGUAUUCGCUCGUUGAGUGGCUCUGGGAUUUGGAUAUCAGUUUUUGCGGUGUACUUUGCGGGGAGGUACUCCAUUCAAGGGCAAUCGUUCAACUCCUACCCCAGCAUGAAAAGUACCUCUGACUGCUGGAACCUAACUUCCGCGGAGGAAUUAGCCGCUCCUGAGCAUGGUGGGGAUCCCAUUGACACCAUACUUGGGAGUCUUCAGCAAGCUGUUACGCGACAACGCCAAGAGUCGCCUCUCCUUUCCAUCGUGAGGAAAUUUUCUCUUGUUCUCAGACUACUUCGCUUCAUCAAAUACCGUCUUUUGUAUGUCUCUUCGGGGUGGAUGGCACAACGUCAGGAGGUUGACGCUGCAGCGCAACAUAUCGCACAGCUACUUCAAGCAGAACCGAGGCGGGCCCGUCAAAGUCUCCUUCAUGCUGCUCAGUUGUUCCGAAUAAUCCGUUCACAGCGUCAAUAUGACCCCUACGACUCCUUUCUUCUUCUUAUGGCCUCUCUAUACAUCUGGAACUAUGAUAGAUUCGUGAUUUCAGACAAGCCACAAUUCCCUUCGGGUGGAGAUGCCGAGGAGAUCCUUCGAAUUGAUCAGGAUAUGGACAAGGAUUUACUCGAGCAAUGGAUUACAGACACAUUUGAUACGCCCAAGCUAAUUCACAUCAGUGGGCUUGGGGUGCUUAACGGGCAGGACAGCGUGCCACGCAUUUUUAGGGAAUCAACGAGGAUCUUGAGCCAUGAGAAGGCUUGGUCAAGACAGGCGAAUGCUAUCAAGUACGCGUUACAUCAAAUACUAUCAGGAGGUGCUCCGUCAUUUCCUGCCGAAAUCUAG